UUCCGAGGACCUUCUUAAAGCGGUGAUCAGAGGAAAAUUGCUGCUACGACUUAGAAAACAGAGAAAGAGCAGACAAUAAUUUGAGAUUACACAGUCACUGUGUGAAUUAAUUUGUUGCCUCGACUCGUUAUUUUGUUUAGUUACCCCAGUAUCGUGUGCUUUUGCUGAUAUUACUGCAACAUCUCAACCGGUUUACGAUUUUAGUAGUCGCUGGGUGGGCUUUAUCCCCAUUUCCCCAGCUAGUUAGCUAGCUAGCUAAAAGGGCUAGGUUAGCUAGCUAGCUAACUAACUAUCGUUAACUGCCGCUGCUUGGUUGUUAGCGACCGGUGUUCCACGCAACAUUUAAAUUGAGAACCAAUUAUUUGUUGGGCUGGAAGUGGUUUGUUCGGUCUGAAAUCGGUCAUGGAGAACAAUGCUUGUGUCGAGCAGAAGAAUAGUGAUGGAGAUGCUACUGUGGACCCAGAUAAACAGCCAGCAGCCACAGCUCCUUACAGAUACACCAAGGAGGAGCUUCUUGAAAUAAAAGAACUGCCAGUCUCAAAUGAAAGGCCAGAAUGUCUUUCUGAGAAAUAUGACAGUGAUGGUAUCUGGGACCCUGAGAAGUGGCACGCCUCUCUGUAUCCCACUUCAGAGCGUAACUCUCCAGUGGAAGGUUUUAAAAAGGAAUAUGUGGACGACAGAGUUCCUUUGAAACGGAGGAUUCCAGAUCCUCGAGAGCGGUUAAAGGAGGAUGAUCUGGAUGUCAUACUUAGCCCUCAGCGACGCAGCUUUGGAGGUGGAUGUCAAGGCAACGCUGCACUUGCACCCCACGCCCGUCGCCCAAUUAGCCCCCUGGAAAAUAAGGAAAACGAGAGUCUUCGUCUCGGAGGGGCACGCAGAAUCGGCAGUGGCCGCAUAAUUGCUGCCCGAGCCUUUGAGAGAGAACCCCGUGUGGAGAAAGAGCGGGAACGUGAGCGAGACUUUAAGGAUAAAAGAUUCAGGAGGGAUUUUGGUGACAAACGGGUGUUCAGUGAAAGAAGAAGGAAUGACUCUUAUGCAGAAGAGGAGCCAGAGUGGUUCUCGGGGGGGCCCACCAGCCAGUCCGAGACAAUUGAGCUCAUUGGAUUUGAUGACAAAAUCCUGGAGGAUGAUAAGCGCCGGUCCAAGCGGUCAAAGAAGCGGGGCGAGUCGAUAAGAGAAGCAGUCGAAUGCAAUGGUGGACAGGCAGAUGCACGAGAUGCAGGUGUGCAGUCAACUGCUGAUCAAGAGGUUCCUCACCCGGAUGUCCUGCCCGAGCAGACGACUGGAGACUUUGACUUCAAUGAAUUCUUCAAUCUGGAGAAGACCAUGCCAGGACUGGCCUCUGCUCCCUUCUCUGUCUUGCAGAUGAUAGAGGACGUUUUGGGGGAGGGGCCUGUAUCAGCUAGUCGCUUCAGUCAGUGGUUCUCCAAUAACAUGAGCCCGUCAGGCAGCCGUUCCAGCAGUCUGAGAUCCACUCCGCAUGAGGAGCUGGAGAAACUUGCAGGAUUUGAGCAACGCGGCUCGUCCUCCAGCCAAGGCCCGGCCUCCUACUUCACACCUAUUCAGCCAUCGGAGUGCAAGGAGAAGGUGGACAUCCUGGACCUGCUUCACAAGGCCAAAAUAGACUUGAAGCCUCUUCUUUCCACCCUGUCUGUCAACAAAGCUCGGCUACGGGAAAGCACUAACUGUGGAGCGGUGCUCUCGCUGGAGGAAGUGGAGGGAGAAAUGAAGGGAAUGAAGCUCUGCCCAGAACCACAGGUCCGGAAAGUGGCGCCUCCUCAAAGAGGCAAUGGCACGCCCUUUAUGGCGCAACAUUUGGAGGAAGCCUUAACUGGGGGCCCCAGCGCCCGUCCACACUCGCGUGACACAGAUAUGUCUGCCUUUAACAAACUCGUCAGCAGCAUGAAGGCAAGUGGAACUCUGCCAACUCACCCCAAAACAAGCACAAACAGCCAACCUUCAGAUCCGGCGGUUGUGACUAUGUCUGAAGGCCACGGGCCCCCUCAGCAGCAGAAAAAUAUAUUUCAGGCACUCUUAGGAGGUUCUGCUCGUAGUCGCUCUCCUACACUCCUCAGUAAUCUGUUGGCCAACUCUGAGGGACCAACGAGCACUGCCCCGCUACAUGGACUACUACACAAGGGCCCGUCACCCCCCCUCUUUCCACAAAGGGCCCCCUCACCUGACUACUUCAACAGUCGGAUGCAUCCUCCAGCAGGUUUCACCGUUGGUCAUCAGGCCAUGCUGCCGCCGCACUAUGCUGAGGUCCACAGGUCUAUGAGCCCUGGAUCUGCAGCACCGCAACAGAUAAGGAUGCCUGUGAAUCAUGCAGACCUGGAAGCUCUGGCAUUUCAACAAGACCUCGCUUUACAUGCCCACCCUUCAUUCCAGUCGGGCUACAAGCCUCCACAGGACAAAUCCUUUCGAAAUAGACUGCAGCGUGUGAAUCACUCCCCUGGUCCCGGCCCCCCGCCGGCUGAAAGACACUCCCCAGGCAAUGCUGUCACCAGCAUGUUGUCCCCGUCAUUCACACCUACAUCUGUGAUCCGCAAAAUGUAUGCAACAAAAGAGAAAGGCAGAGAUGAACCCUCAAGUCGUUUGGAGAUUAAGGAAGAGGCAGCAGGAUACACUCGAGACUGCAGCUCCCCAAAUCUAUACCUGGACGGGGUGGAUGGUAAUGCCGCCCAGUCUGGUGGCGUAAAGGCUGGUUCACAGACCUUACAAAGCAGGGACCAUGAGCGCCUCAGGCCUGUCUCUGCUGGACAACAUGUGCCCACCAUGGUACCUCCGGGAUCCUCCUCGUCUUUCCCGCGUCCCAUCUAUCCCGUACCACUGCUAUCUCAUGUACCUAUGGUGCGCCCUCCUCCCCAGCUGCACCCCACUGUGGUUCAACGAAUGCUGGCGCAGGGAAUCCAGCCCCAGCAGCUGGGACCUGCUCUUGUGCAGGCAGGUAUAUUUCCAACCCAUGUUGACCUCGCCCAACUUCAAGGCUUGCCUCCUGCCCUGCUUGGACAACAGCUGUACCCUAUGAGUGCAACAGGACAUACACUUCUACCUCCUAGAGCAAAUACUCAAAUGCAGUUGGCAGUAAUGCAGCAGCAACUUCAACAAAGACCAAUGCAUCCAGGCAUCUCUGGCCCGCAGUCACAGAGCCACGGCCCACACCGGACAAAUGGCUCCCAGCAACACGGGGGCCCCAACCCCCCAGGCCUUGCCAAGUGGUUUGGCUCGGACGUGCUAGAACAGCCACUACCCUCCAUGCCGGCCAAGGUCAUAAGUGUUGAUGAAUUGGAGUUCCGACCAUAAGAAAAUCAAGAUAAUUUUUUUCUUUUUUCUUUGCCCAUCUCCACCUCCUCGUUACCAUAGAAAUGUGAAGUUUGAUUUGAUAGACAGUGCACGGACCUGGACAUUGUAACCUUGCCAUGCUAUGUCUUCAACCUUGAAGUCACUGUUUUUUGAAGAAGCGUAUCAGCAGAAAAGGGAAGAUGAAUAAUUGCGAUAUGUUUUGUGACUGAGUGGGAAAUGUUUUUUUUGUUUUUUGUAUUAAGCUCUGCGCAGUAAAAUGUAUAGCCCCAAUUGUACAGACCGUGGGAAAGAAUUGUAUUCUCCAUGUAUAUAGCUAUCCUUUUUUCUUUUUGUUGGAAAGGGGAAGUUGAAACUAUUCCGCAGUUCAACUGAAAAUUUCGAGACAAAGUCCCCAAGAGCUGGUAGCAUUCCUUUGUCUAGUCUAAAUUUAAUUUCACUCACUAAACUGCUCAAAAAAACGCUACUGCUAGUGAGAAAUACGGAAUUGAUGAGUAGCUUCAUUGUGUACUAUCCGCUUUUGUGGCUAGUGGCCCUUUUCUGUAGAUGUGAUUGGCUGGAACAUUUCAAGACAACUUCGGGGGAUGCAGUGGACGUUGGUUGUGCCUUUCUUUGUGGUUUAUUUUUCCUUCCUUAAACUGUAUCCUCCUAUCCAACCUGUCACUGGGGGAUGGGGGGGCAACACGGCUCACAAUGUCAAUUUUUUUUGUUUGUUUUUUGUUAGGGUGGUUGGGAUCGAGUUGGUUUAUGUGCUAUUAAGUUAUAAAAAGCACAAAUAGAAUUGAUAAAUAAAAUUGUUAAACACAA